AGAAUUUGGUUUUCUGGUGAUGGGGCAUGAAUUUGAUGGUUAUCCCAAGAGAAUGAUUCGAGAGAUAAAGAACUGGAAUUGGUUUAUUGAGGAUGAAAGAGCAGAGAGUGAUGCCGAUGAGGAUUCUGAUAGAAAAGGCAGAAAGGGCACUAGGAGAAAACGGAAGAAAAAAGGUGAGGGAGAUGAUGAUGAGUGGACUGGCGAAAGUGAAGAUGAGAAGGAACUGCCUACAAUUUCUAAGAAACUUCAGGGAUCUAAAUACAUUACAAGGUCCAAGGACAAGUCUAGCGCAAAAAGGAAUAAACCUUCUACGCAGCAAAAAACUAAACCCUCUGAAGAAGAAUAUGAGGAAGAUGAAGAGGAUGAAACACUGGGUGGUUUCAUAGUUGGUGACGAAGAAGAGGAUGAAGUUGGUGACGAAGAAGAAGAGGAGGAAUUUGAUGAUGAUGAAGAUGAUGAAGAUUGAUGUUCCUCCAAAAACCACGCUAGAUGAUUUUUUUUUCUUGCUAGUUUUAUGUAGUCAUCGUUGUGAUUUACUUUGUUUGGGGUGUGGACCAUCUGUUGAAUCCUGUAUUCUACUUGUAGUACUUUUUUUUUAAUAACCAUGGCGUUGGGGUCAGUUUGCGCACACCUCAACUUGUGGUUCAACAUUUUUCUGCCACUGUGUAUGAUAAUGUAGUUCUUGAAGCAGAAUUCCAUAAGUCUGUGCAUACUAAACUUGCUGAUUUUGCUGAUACACACUCUUUUGAGGCU